UUCCAAGUUCGAUGGACGUCCGUGUCACUCGUAUUAAACCAUUCGCUAUGCAAGCGAAAACACGAAGAUUUAUAAUGAAAUGGCCCUUAUAAAUAUAUUGUAUAUAUUAGUGAAGUGUUGUGGUGGUUAAUAAAUUGUGACUUAUAUUUGGAAUUGUUUUUUUGAACUUGAAUUUAACUUUGUAGAAAAAAAUAAGUUUAUAAUAAAUUUUAAACUUAGUUCAAGUUGUAGGAGAUAAUUAUGUGAAUUGGAUUUUAAGCAGUUUUUAAGACAACUGGACAAGAAGGUGAAUACAAAGUCGACGGUACAGCUUAAAAAAUAAAUUGAACAAGUAAUCUGAUCUUAUCGCGGUUUCUACAUUCGUAUCCAUGGAAAUCCAUUGGUGACUAAAUAAAAUAUACGUGGAAAAAUGAAAUGAUUGGAGAUUUUUUUCACCAAGCGCUGACACUAAUGAAGCAAUCCGCAGACGGGAUAUUGAACUAGUAGCUACUCCAAGCGCUUUUCCAGUGCAAUAAAACAACAAGACCCAACCAAAGAAAGGAACAACCGAAACCAAACUCUAUUCACCAAUAGAAAAGAACCAUUUUUCUUAAAUAAAAACAUACAAUCCAAUGGCUCAGCUCGCAAUUGGAAGGGCAAUCCUGGCGAUAUGUCAAUUAAAGCCCAUUCUAUAUUGUAAUCAAUUGCGCCAUUCUAAAACGAAACAGCUUCAUGACAAUGUCGUUUUUCAAACUUGAUUUGUAAUUUUUUUUGGAUUUUAAUUUGAAUGUAAAUCCAAGUAGAUUAAAGGAAUAUACAAAGAAGAUAAUAAACCCGAUGCAUGGUAACGAUAAAGAAACGAUAUUAAUCGUCACCCAAGCCAGGGACUCGUAUGGCGGCUCAAAAUCAUAAUUUCCACUGUUCACGGCCUAGCUUCGUUACUUUACCUUCGUGUCUUCUCAUACUCGUAUCUUUAUUAUUGCAAGCUGAUUUUGCAUUUUCCAUUGAUUACAACGAUUCAACCCUUUCGGGUUAUAAUAUUACAAACCCGAAUACAACAAUAAAUUGGACGCUGUACGACACUAAUGCAACAAUUAUAAAAAACUCACAUAUAAAACAUACUAAGUACUCCACGCUUGUAACUGUUCUUCUAACAGCUAUUUUCAUGAUAGUUAUCUUUGGAACUAUAGUAGGCAAUAUUUUAGUUUGCGUUGCCGUUUGCUUAGUACGAAAAUUGAGAAGACCUAGCAACUAUUUAAUUGUAUCGUUAGCUGUAAGCGAUCUCUGUGUCGCGACUAUGGUAAUGCCAGUAGCUAUGGUUUAUGAUUUAAUGGGAUCGUGGCCGUUUGGACCGGUGGUUUGUGAUUUCUGGGUAUCCAGUGAUGUCUUGUCUUGUGCGGCGAGUAUAUUGAAUUUAUGUAUGAUAUCUGUUGAUCGAUAUUACGCAAUUACAAAGCCACUAGAAUACGGUGUGAAGAGAACACCAAAACGUAUGCUUUUUUGCGUUUUUAUUGUUUGGAUGAGUGCUGCUUUUAUAUCCUUGCCGCCUGUUUUAAUAUUGGGUAAUGAGAAAACAGAAACUUCAUGUUCAGUGUCUCAAAACCAAGGAUAUCAAAUAUAUGCAACGUUUGGUUCUUUUUAUUUACCGUUAACAGUAAUGGUAGUAGUAUACUACAAAAUAUUUAGCGCUGCUCGAAAAAUAGUUAAGGAUGAAAGACGCGCACAGUCGCAUCUAGAAACACAUUGUUAUUUGGAAAUUAAUGUUAAGAAUGGCGGUGCAGCUGAAGCGAAGCUGUUGGGCAGCCAGCCUGCCCAACCACCUCCUCCUACGCGAGGCUCAACUGCAAGCACGAACACAACGUGUAGUAUAGACAAAACUGAAAGUUCAAUGGGAAAAUGCUUCACAGGACAACGAAAAUCAAACGAGUCACAAUGUCCAAUGCUACAACAUUUACCAAAGACACCCACUAAGCCUAUACACACAAUAAAUCGACCAAACUCGCAAAUGGGUCCCGUGCCGGAAAUUAAACACCCACCCAAAGAAAAUAGACGAAGGCAAUCUUCGGAAAGUAGUAACAAAUUAAAUACGAGUCGAAUUCGAUCAUCAUUAUCGAGUUUCGCUCAAAAAAGUCACUUUGCGAAGGAUCUUUUACAACCGACUCAUUCGCCGCACCAGAAAAAGCUACGUUUUCAGCUCGCUAAAGAGCGUAAAGCGUCCACUACACUUGGCAUAAUUAUGUCAGCGUUUAUUAUUUGCUGGCUGCCGUUCUUCGUGCUCGCUCUGAUAAGACCAUUUGUUAACGAAGAUACGAUUCCCGAUGCUGUCAGUGCGCUAUUUCUAUGGCUAGGCUACAUUAACAGUCUUCUUAAUCCAAUAAUAUACGCAACUCUGAACAGGGAUUUCAGAAAGCCAUUCCAGGAAAUACUUUUCUUUAGAUGUUCAAAUUUGAAUCACAUGAUGCGGGAGGAAUUCUAUCACAGCCAAUACGGAGGGCCUGAUCAGCAUUACUGUGUAAAUAACUCGUCUAGUAAACUUGCAAACUAUGAGGAGGGCGUUGAAAUAGUUUCCGCUGUGGAUAGGGAGGAGACGAGGGCCUCAGAAAGUUUUCUAUGAUCGUCAAUGCAAAUGGUCGAAUGUAAAGACCUGGAUACUGUGAUUUAAUAAAGACUUAUAAAAAAUCAGUGUGUUAUUGUGCUAACAUAUAUUAUACUUUUAGUAAUGGUUAUAAUAACUAAUAUAUAACAAACUACUAUCAAAUAUAUAACAAACUAGUCGUGAUCAUAUUUAAUAAAAAAUCGCUUCUUUUCACAUAUUCUGUUUGAUGAAAUUUUCGUGUACAUACAUGAAUAAUUUUUAUUUGUAGUCAAGUGUAGAUAAUUUUGUCUCUAGUAUUCGAUCAGUUACCUAAUCAAAGAUAUUUAUGUAAUACAUUAAAUAGGGUAAUUUAUAUUUUGGAAUGACCAAAGAGUCCUUAGUUGUAUGUAGUUGACAAGAAUUUAUAAAAAAAAACUGUUGUGAAUUUAUUAAUCUUGGUAUUAUUUUGUAUUAUAAUGUUGUGGAUGAUGUACUGACAAAUUAUGAUAGGAGCCAGUAUUACAUGUGAUAGUAGAAAUAGUCAGUUCGUUUUGUUUAUCGUAUGUAGUGAAUAAUUUGCGUUAUUUUGUAUAACUUUUGCCCAUUUAGUAUACGAUUAUACUUAUUUUCAUUUUUAAAUAUUAUUUAAUGUAUUUAUCACAAUAUUAGUAUGAACAAUGGCACUGCCAGCUAAAGUAAUAAAUAUUUUAUAAUUAUAACAAAUAAAUUUAAGUAAUUACCAAAAAAUACAAUUCAAAUUUUUAAUUGGUGUUCUAGUUUAAUGUAAAAUAAAAAUGAAUAAUCAUUUAUUAAUGUGUAAAUACAGUGCCGUUGAAAAUAAAAUAAAAUUCUCAAGAUAUCCUCGUACUUUUUUUGGUACAGUUAGUAUAAAUAUUAAAUAAUAAUUAAGCACUUUACCUCUAUUCACAAAAUUAGAUCAUUCUAAAUUAAGUAUAAAAAUAACGAUUUAGUAUUGAUGCUAACUAUACCAAGGCUGUUCACAUACUAUAUAAUUUGUUAUGAUAAUUUUGGUUGUGUAAAUAUAAACAUAAAUAUUUCUUUUUAAAUUUGGAAUUGUAUUUAAAAAAUAUAUUAAAUAUUUAUUUAAGGUAUUUUGUUUCAGGCUAAUGUUUCUUUUCAGUUUUGGCAUUUAUACUUUGACAUAUUAUUAAAAAAAUAUAUAUAAUAUUAAUAAGUAGAACAAAAAGGAAGUAUUGUAAAUAUCAUUAAUAAUAAAAACAAUAUAAUAAUAUAAAAUGUAAAUAAAAUAUUAUUAUUAAGAUGAACAUACAUCAGAUACCGUGUGGGGAAACUACGCUUGGAAAAAAAAAUUAUUUGACUACAUUUCGAUGUUGUAUUGAAGAUGUAAAAUUUCUUUGAUGUAGUUUCUUUCAAUAGAAUAUUGUAAUCAUGUGUCCACAUAUAGUUAGAUUAACAUUUGUUGCCACAAAGUGGAAAAUAGUAUCAAUGUUCAUGUAAUGAAUGUACCAUUAUACGAAAAUGAUUUUAUCGCCGAUCUUUAUAAUAUAAUUUGUUCAACGAAAACAACGUAUACCAUCUUAAAGUAUGUUUUAUCAUUAUUUUAAAAUCAUCAUUAGAAUAAAAUUUAUAUAUAGCUAGGUAAUAAAUAGCCAAUGUUUUGGACAUUAUCCAAUAUAUAUUUUCUUUUGAAAUGACCUACAUUAAAAAUAACGCGUUUAUAAUUAACGCGUUAAUAAUUUUCGACUUCGUACAUUUUAAUGUUAUAAUUAAUGUAAUGUUUCGAAAUUAUAAAAACUUAUUCUGUUAUAUCUUUAAUUCGAGUUCGUUCAUUUGUUUUUUAUUUUUUAAUAAGAUCGGUGGAUUGAUAUUGUGUCGAUUAAAGCUUUUAGCAAUUUCCGACGUAACUUCAUCACUUCUAUAUGUAAGUAAAUAUUUAAGAUGAUAAAUAUUAAAAUAUAUAAACUAUUCUAACACAGAUAAUUUGGUCCAAUAUCUAGUCAGAUAUAAUAAAUUAUUACAUCAAAGUCGAUUGUACAUAAACCAAAGAUUCGUGUAUGUUCUAACAAUAUGCCACCCAAAAAUUACCUUCAGAAUAAUAUUUGCAUUUAUAUAAAGUUAUCUUAAACCAAUAUAAUUAAAACAAUUAAACCAAUAUUUGUAUUUUUCAUAAAAUAUGUUUACAGAUGAUAUCAUUAAACGUAUUAAUGUAUAUUAAUCAAAAUACUAAGCAAGUGUAAUUGCUUUGAUUAUAAUCUUAAUAAAGUGCAAUAUUUCUUUAUAUAAUGUAAGAGGCCUAUGAUUUAUUAUCAUAAAGGGGAAUUAUUAUUAUAUGUAGCAGUAAAUAAUGAUCAUUAUUAUUAACAUAACGAUGCAAGCUAUUUCGUUUUUGUUUUAAUUUCAUUUAGAAAAAUAAUGACAUAAAAUGAAUACAAAAAUAAUAAAAAAAUAUGUACGUUUUAGUAUUAUUUGUUUUUUCAAAUCAUUAAAAAAUGCUGUUAAUUGAAUGUAUUUUAAUAUAAUAACUUUCUUUUUUUAUACUACAUAAUCAUGCUUGACCUCGACUUUAUUAAUUUUUUGUCUUCAGACUUCAAAAUGAUUGAUCAACUUACAGAAUAGUAAGCAAAAUACUGGUACCUUAAUAACUUCCGAAUCGAGAAAUAAUAUAAAUAAAAUAAUAUAAAAAUGUACUCCUUCAAAUUUAAAUAUUUUCAAAUACAGAAAAUUCCAAUUUCUGAGUUGUCCCCUGGACUCUUUUGCUCUAUGUAUAUGCCUUAGUAAAUAACAUUUGAGACGUUCAUUUAUAUACUUUUUAUCAUAGUCAUAAGUAUUUUUAAAUACCACCAAAUAUUAUCAUGAACAUGUAACAUAACGAAAUAGCUUAAAAUAAUGAAACAAAAAUAUAUGAAAGAGCUCUUAUAGUACAAAUAUUUCUUUUAUUUUUAAACAAUAUGAU